CAUUUUUGUGCCAACUCUUCACUCUUCCUACCUUCCCUUCACCCUUCUUCACCUAACUAACACUAUAUAACCUCUUACAAAUACAACAACCCCAUUUUCCUCUUCUAAGUUCUAACACUUUCCAGAAUUCGUUUUAAAAAAACCAAAAUAAAAAAAUAAAAACUCGAUUUUCAUUUUUGAAAUUGAUUUUUUGGGGUAACUAAUCGAAAUGGCUCUAUCGCGCAUUUCUUCAUCAUCAUGUGGAUCUAGUCUCUUGAAACCAGUCUCAGCUUUCUUAUCUCUGCGACGUCGUUCGAUCUCCUCCGACACACUCACGGUGGAGACCUCGAUUCCCUUCACCGCCCACAACUGCGAUGCUCCGUCACGCUCCGUGGAGACCACACCUGCGGAGCUCAUGUCGUUCUUCCGCGACAUGGCGAUGAUGCGGCGGAUGGAGAUCGCGGCGGAUUCGCUCUACAAGGCGAAGCUGAUCCGCGGGUUCUGCCACCUCUACGACGGGCAAGAGGCGGUGGCGGUGGGGAUGGAUGCGGCGAUAACCAAAAAGGAUUGCAUCAUCACGGCGUACCGCGACCAUUGCACGUUCUUGAGCCGCGGCGGAACCCUACUUGAGGUUUUCGCGGAGCUCAUGGGUCGACGCGAUGGUUGCUCAAGAGGAAAAGGUGGUUCCAUGCAUUUUUAUAGAAAGGAAGGUGGUUUUUAUGGUGGACAUGGCAUUGUUGGUGCUCAGGUUCCACUUGGUUGUGGUUUGGCUUUUGCUCAGAAGUAUUCUAAGGAUGAGAAUGUUACUUUUUCUAUGUAUGGUGAUGGUGCUGCUAAUCAGGGACAGUUGUUUGAGGCACUUAACAUUGCUGCACUUUGGGAUCUACCUGCUAUUUUGGUUUGCGAGAAUAAUCAUUAUGGGAUGGGGACUGCUGAGUGGAGAGCUGCUAAGAGUCCUUCUUAUUACAAGCGUGGGGAUUAUGUUCCUGGAUUGAAGGUUGAUGGCAUGGAUGCUCUUGCAGUGAAACAAGCUUGCAAAUUUGCUAAGGAGCACGCUUUGAAGAAUGGUCCCCUUAUUCUUGAAAUGGACACGUACAGAUACCAUGGCCACUCCAUGUCUGAUCCUGGCAGCACAUACCGUACGCGUGAUGAGAUUUCUGGUGUGAGACAGGAGCGUGAUCCAAUUGAGAGAGUAAGAAAGCUGUUAUUGACUCAUGAGAUUGCUGCUGAAAAGGAGCUAAAGGAUAUUGAAAAGGAAAUAAGAAAAGAAGUUGAUGAAACCAUCGCCAAAGCAAAGGAGUGUCAAAUGCCAGAGCCAUCUGAAUUAUUUACCAAUGUAUAUGUUAAAGGUUUUGGGAUUGAGGCUUGUGGUGCUGAUAGGAAAGAAGUUAGAGCUACUUUGCCAUAAUUGAGAACUUUAUCCUUUCAAUCUUUUCUUCCCUUGUUCGGGACCAAUCAAAACAAUGAAGAAUAAAAGGUUCUACAGUAGGAGAUAUUCUGCCUAUUAGUCGAGCUUUUCCUAAUUGUAUAUGAAAUCGAUUUUUGUAGCAUGAGGCGGAAAUUAAUACAUUUGCUGCGUAAUUUUGGAGGAGCUAACAGCCAUAGCAUUACUUUAAAUUAUGCUUGCAGCUGGUGUCCUGCAAAUUUGAGUUCAUUGUGCACAACUUCCAUAAUCUAUAUCGUCCAUAAUUGGUUGGAAAAUUUUGCCUAUUAUUUUUUUAAGAUGUUGCCCAGAUUGUGUUUCAAUUGAAACUAUUUUUUGUGCAUUAAGAAUUCAUGUUUCCGUAGACCAAUUUUUAAAAUUGUAUGCCUGU